AUGCUGAAAAGUACAACAAAAACUGAUAGCACAAAGCGAGAUCAAAAUAGGAAAUUAUUACAAAAAAAAUUAUCGAAAGAUUCUGUUACAUCUACGAAAUUUUGUGAUUCUUCUGAAGAAAGAGAAGCUGGAUCAAAUACUAGCAGCAACGUUAGUGUAAAAAUAUUGGAAAAAUUAAAUAAUACAAGAAAUUUGACUGCUAAUAAUACGGAUUCAUUUAUUUGUGACCUAAAAAAAUCUUCUAACGUCAAUUACAAAAAAUUCAGUAAAAAUAAUUCACAAAGGUUAAAUAAUACUAACGUAUUAGAUAAAGUUGAUAGUACAAAUUCAUUCAUUGUAAUUCCAGGAAAAACUAAAGAAAGCGACAAGCAUUCAGAUGAAAGUAAUAUUUCUAAUAAGUUAAACAGUAACAAAAUUGAAGGAGACAUUCAUAAUCAGGAGAAUAUUAUAAAUAUAGAAGAAUCAAGUAUCAAUAACGAUAUUUUAAAUAUUGAAAAAAAUAAUAACAAAAAAUUAAGCAAAGAGCUAAAUAUAUCGAAUGAUUAUACAAAAAGUAUACCCUAUACAACUACAUUUAAAGACAAUUUAACAAAAGACGAAAAUAAUAUAUAUUAUAAUCUUGACAAUAAUCCAUAUUUUUAUUCAUAUAACAAUCCUAAAUAUUUUACCAACAAUUUUAAUUCUCAUAAAUCUGAUUACUUAAGUUCUUAUCCUAACAAUAACCUUAAUUCAUAUAUUGGAAAUAGCUCCCAUAUUGAUAAAAUUUUGAAUUCUUAUGCCAAUAAUAGUCUUAAUUCUUAUUCAAAUAAUAAUUUGAAUUAUUACACUAGUAACAACUUAAAUUCACAUUCAAAUAAAAAUAUCAUCAUUAAUCCAAAAUUAAACAGUACUUUGCCAUAUUUAAAUAAUUUCGAGUAUAAUAGUAAAAGACUAAAUACAAUUAAUACAUCUUUGGAUGAAAAUUGUAAUCUUAAUAUAGCAGAUGAAAUGGAUUUUAUAAAUAUGUAUAGUAGUCCUACUUCUAUAGGUAGUAACAAUUCAAAUAUACAUGAUUCUACCCAUUACAUGGAUGAUAACACAUAUAUAAAUGAUAAUAAUUAUACUAAUAAUACUCACCAUAAUAUAUCAUCAGAAACUGUUAAUUAUAAUAAUAAUAUCGAGAGAAACAUUUAUAAUAAUAAUGUAAGUUCGAAUUCAUAUUUUACUAAUACGGGAAAAAGUAUUAAUGGCAAAAUAGAGGAAACUUCGAAUUGCAUUGAUCAUAAAUAUAGUAAUUUUGUAGAUCAAUCUUUAGUAAAUAAUGAUAUUUUUAAAUUAAAUGCAAUUAGGGAAAAUGAGGCAGUUAUAAAUGAUGUUUCAAUUUCUGAAAAAAUUAGCUCUCAUACCGAUUAUUCAAGAGCAAAACACAGUUCUCACACUAUAGAUAAACGAAUAGUUCAUGAAGGAUUUGAUACAAUUAAAGUUCCAAAAUAUCGAGAAGUGGAAGUUAUCGAAAAAAUUGUAGAAGUUCCAGUGGUUCACAAAGUUAAUAAAUAUAUAAAUAAAUACGAAAUUAAAGAAGUUGAAAAAGUUGUAAAGAAGCCGAUAAAUAAAUAUGUAGAAACAAAAAUAGAAGUUCCUGAAUUGCAUUUUCAAGAUAAAAUAGUUGAAGUUCCAGAAUUGCACGAGGUUGUAAAAAUAGUUGAAAAACCAGAAAUAAGAGAAAGAAUAAUAUACAAGAAUAAAAUUGAGACAAAAAUAAUACCAAAGUAUAUUGAAGUUCCCGUAGUAAAAAUAGUUAACAAGUAUGAGGAAUAUGAUGAUAUAGGAGAAGUUAUAAAAACUGUACCAGUAAAAAAGAUUGUAGAGAUACCAAAUGAAGUAAUAAAACAAGUUAAAAUUCCAAUAAAAAAAAUAAUAGAAAAACCUAAUUAUGUACCUAUAAUUAAAUAUCGUGACGUCCCUAUAGAGAAAAUAAGAUAUGUUCCUAAAAUACAAACAGUUGAAUUAGUAAAAACUAUACCUAAAAUAAUAGAUAUACCAGUUCCAGUAAAAGUACCGAAAAUAAAAAUUAUAGAUAAGCCAUAUUACAUAAAUAAAUAUAUUGAUAAACCUGUUGUUGUACCUGUUUCAAAGAAAAUUAAGCCAAUAUAUAAAUAUGAAGGUAAAAAAAUAAUAGAAGUACCUAUCCACAAACCAUAUAUUGUAACUCAUGAUACCGUUAUUUCAAGGAAUAUUGAAAAUAGCAUGAAUACUGGUAGAUGUUCAAUAUAUACAAAAAAGUUAGAUCUUGAUUCUCUUAGUCCUAUGAAAAGAGAUGAAUUGUUUAACAUUGUAAAUAAAAAUAACUUUAAUUUGCAAAGAUCGAUAAGUGUGGAUAAUAUUUUCAAUAAUCAUAGUUUUAGAAAUAAUGACUUAAUUGAUAAUAUAAAUGUAAAUGGGAAUAAAGAGAAUAAUAAAAAUUUAUUUAACAUGUUUUCGAAAGUGGAUUAUAAUGAAGAUCAACAAUUUUUAAAUAAAAACAAUUUAAACUGUUUAAGAUUUUCGAGAAGCUUAAAUAACAAUAUCGAUAUAAAUAGAACCGGUUUUAACUCUAUAAAAAAUAACAGUUAUUUAAAUAAUACAGUAAAAUAUAAUAAUAUAUUUUAUUCAAAUGAAAUGAAUGAUCCCAGUAAUGUGGAAAAAUUGAUUUGUAAUAACAUUGGUUUACCUAGAGAUUAUAAUUCAAUUAAUCCAUUAGUUAAUAAUAUCCAGGAGUCAGGGCAAGUUUCUCCCAUAGAUCCCAAAUAUAAUUUGAAUUUUCAAAAAAAUGUAAAUAGAUAUAGCUCACCAUUUUCAAAAAACAAUCGAAAUAGUAAUGCACAUAUGAAUGACAUAAACAAUUUAGAUUCCUCGUAUUAUUUUGCAAAUAGUAAUGGUAUUUCAAAUAUGAAUAAAUUUCAAAACCAAAUUAAUAGUAAUGCGAAUAUAUUUGAUGACCAAAGUUUAAAUGGAUACAAAUCGAAGUUUUUUUCAAAUAAUCCUUAUAAAGAUUGUGGAAAUUCUAACAAUUUAACUAAUUUUCGUAAUACUAAUAAUAUCAGUUUCAUGAGGUCAAGAAGUCCUAGCGUGUGUUCUGCUGAUGGAAUCAGUGCUUAUGUUGUUGAAUAUGUUGGUGACCAAAAUAAAGGAUUCAAUGAUACCUCUUUCUCUAAAGGAUUAAAUAAUAAUUUUGCUGAUGAAAUUGGCAGCAAUUAUUCUUUUAGCGGAACAUUAACUAAUAAGAUGAACGAACAAUUUAUGAAUAAAUAA